AUGACUCGGAGGAGUCUGAUCAGCCAGCGGGCAAUGCUGCCACAGGAAAGACUGCUCAGGAGUAAAUUCUACUGUCGCAGCGGUGGUGUGUUCAUGAGUAGCAUGGAAGGGAGAAUUGUCACGUAUUCUUCAUUUUUCAAUUCUGAAAAAGUAAAGGAAAUGCUUCUGAGUGACCUGAUUUUCACAGUUCUCUUCAUUGCUCAGAUUGGGAUUGGGCUUUGGGGGAACUUAAUUCUGCUCAUGAUGCAUGUCACCAUCUUCAUUUGCCAUCACCAACAGAAGAACACCACAGACCUGAUUCUCAUUCACCUGACUUUGGCCAAUGCAGUGAACCUUCUUACCCAGGCUACUCGAGGGCUAGUUAUUUCCUUUAAAUGGGAGAAUUCUCUGGAAGUUAUUGGGUGCCAGGUCACCUUGUACAUUAAGAGAGUGGCCAGGGGCUUUUCUAUCUGUACCAACUUUCUCCUGAGUGGAUUCCAGCCAGUCACCAUCAACCCCAACAACUCUGGUUGGGCCCAGGUUAAACACUGGGCCCCCAAGUAUAUCUUGCCUGCCUUUCUCUUAUUCUGGAUCUUCAAUCUUUUGGUGGAAAUGAAUAUACUAAAACCAAUAGACAACAAAAAUGUCACCAUUCCAUUCAAUGGCAACAAUAGGAAAGGUGGUAUUAGUACACAUUAUUUAAAUAAGUUAAAUAAUCUGCGAUUUCUCACUGCUAAAACUGUCCAUGAUGUCUUUGUUUUCCUCAUGAGCAGGGCAAGAGGCUACAUGGUGCUUGUGCUACACCACCACUGCAAUCAGGUCCAGCACAUUCACACCAGUAGCCAAACCCACAAAGCCUCCCCAGACUCCAAAGCCACCCAGACCAUCCUGCUCCUUGUCACUUGCUUUGUUUCUUUUUACUGCAUCAAUAGCAGCAUUAUUCUGUCUUUGCAUUUUAUCAAGCUGGAUGACAUGACAUUCUAUAAUCCUUUAUUAUUUCUGGGUUCAUGCUAUGCUUUCCUUUACCCCUGGGUGCUGAUCAGCAUUGGUCCCCGCAUUUCCAGACUCAAAUGGAUCUUCUAA